GAUUCGUUGGCCGGACGUGUUCUGUGCUGUGGGAUUCCGUGUACGAACUUAACAGGCAAUUGGUGCUCAUGACGUUUCUAAUAUAAUUGGUACAACCGACAUGUCUAAAGUCAAGACGAUGUUGAAGAUCGGCGGCGGCGCGGUGCUGCUGGCGGCCAUCGUCGCCGUGUUCGUGGUGGCCACGCAGGGCCGCGACCCCGACCUGGAGGCUCUGGAGCAGGAGGGCCGCGAGUACAUCGCACAUCUAGACCGCCGAGCUGGCGCACGCAAGAACGCGGCCAGCCUGGCCGAAUGGGCGUAUACCUCUAACAUCACUGAAGCAAACGAAGAGAGACGGAUACAAGUACAACUAGAACUCUCAAAGCAGGAGAAACAAGCGUGGAGCGAAACGAAAAUGUACAGAUGGCAAGAUUUCCAAGACUUCUCCCUGAGAAGGAUGUUCAAGAAGUACAGCCAGCUGGGCGUGGCGGCGUUGCCUGACGAUAAAUAUAAAUUGCUGAUGCAGUGCGUAUCAGGAAUGGAGUCCAAUUAUGCUACGUCAAAGAUCUGUGAUUAUAAGAACACUAGCAAAUGUGAUCUUGCCUUAGAGCCUGAGAUAACGGAGAUCUUCGCAAAGAGCCAAGACCCGGAGGAGUUAAAGCACGCGUGGGUGGAGUGGCAUCGCGCAGCUGGUGCUAGAGCGAGACAGAACUUCACACAGUACGUGCAGUUGGACAACGAGGCGGCGAAGCUUAAUGGUUUCAAGGACGUAGCUGACUGGUGGCUGUCAGAAUACGAGGUACCUGACUUCGAACAACAGCUAGCCAAGCUGUGGGAGGACGUUAAGCCUCUCUACCAGCAACUACAUGCAUAUGUCCGAAAGCGUCUGAGGGACAAGUAUGGAGAAAAUGUUGUAUCGGCUAAAGGACCAAUUCCCGCGCAUUUGUUAGGUAAUAUGUGGGCGCAAACGUGGAACAACAUCGAGUCCUUCACCCGUCCCUACCCUGACAAGAAGGAGAUAGACAUAACAAAAACUAUGAGGGACGAAAACUACACACCGCUGAAAAUGUUCCAAAUGUCGGAUGAAUUCUUCAGAUCAUUGAACUUGACAGCUAUGCCGGAGAAGUUUUGGAAAAAUUCCAUUAUUGAGAAACCAACUGAUCGAGAGAUUGUUUGUCAUGCGUCAGCCUGGGACUUUUACGAUGGCGAAGAUUUUAGGAUCAAACAGUGCACAACAGUCGAUUACGAAUAUUUCCAAACGACUCACCACGAAAUGGGGCACAUACAAUACUUCCUACAGUAUAAACAUCAGCCGGUGAUAUUCCGCGAUGGAGCCAACCCAGGUUUCCAUGAAGCUGUAGGUGAUACGAUAGCCUUGUCAGUGUCAUCUCCUAAACAUUUACGGCGUGUUGGAUUGAUAAGCGGAGACGCCGAGGAUGAGCAGACAGAAAUCAAUCAGCUCUAUAAAAUGGGUAUCGACAAAAUUGUGUUCCUUCCAUUCGCAUAUGUUCUGGAUCUAUUCCGGUACAGUGUGUUCCGAGGGACGACUACGCCGGACGACUACAAUUGUCACUACUGGCGGCUGAGGGAUGAACUGCAAGGAGUGGAGCCGCCGGUUAACAGGACUGAAGAGGAUUUCGAUGCCGCUGCCAAAUACCAUGUGUCUGCUGAUGUAGAAUACGCGAGAUACUACGUAUCAUUCAUAAUCCAGUUCCAAUUCCAUCGCGCGCUGUGCCAACUGGCAGGGGAGUACGUACCAGAAGAUCUAACCAAGAAACUGGUCGAUUGCGACAUUUAUCAGAGCGUUAACGCUGGAAAUGCAUUAUCGAAUAUGCUAAAGAUGGGUUCCUCGAAACCUUGGCCCGACGCGAUGGAGGCACUAACGGGGCAAAGGGCCAUGAAGGCUGACGGAUUACUGGAGUACUUCAGGCCAUUGCACGAAUGGUUACAGGCUGAGAACCAACGCACUGGGGAGUACAUCGGCUGGGAACCGAGUAAAAUGCAAUACUGUACUGAGGAGCAGCUCGCGGCCCUGGACGCGAAGGCGAAGCCCGAACCAGUGCACGAGUCUGAAGCGUCGAAAAGCUUUGCCGUUACUGUGUGGGAUAUUUUAAAAAUGCCUUGUGGAUAUUGUACGGAGACCACUAAACGGGCUUUAUUUAUGAUGUUGAAGAUCAUCGUAGAGCUAGCCCUCGUUGGGGCGAUCGCUUCGGUGUUCAUCGUAGCGGCGCAGGGCAGUGCCGAGGAAAGGGCUGCAGAGGAAGCCGCAGGGAGGAGGUACAUGCGGACGCUCGAUGAAUCUACGUCCAGGGCGAAGAAUCGGAAAACUCUGGCUGCUUGGGAAUACCAAUCGAACAUAACUGAUUUUAACCAGGAAAGACAGUUACAAGUGGCCCUAGAAGUAGCAGAUCAAGAGAAAGAGGCCUGGAAGGAAACAAUGACCUACCUCUGGCACGAAUUCGAGGAUCCAGAACUCAAAAGAAUGUUCCAGAAGUACUCCAAACUAGGCACAUCUGCUCUUCCAGAAGACCUGAACCAGAGACUUAUUAGUGCUAUUAACAACAUGCAGGCGACAUACGCUAAAGCAACGAUCUGCGAUUACAAUGAUCGCACGAAAUGUGAUCUUCGCGUUGAGCCAGAAAUAACGGAAAUCUUCGCUAAAAGCAGCGAUGCUGAAGAGCUAAAAUACACAUGGUUGGAGUGGCAUAAGGCAGCCGGUGCGGCUUCCAAGGCUGACUUUAUUGAGUACAUCAAUAUGGACAAUGAGGCUGCCAAGUUAAACGGAUACGACAGUGUAGCGGAAUGGUGGCUGAGUGAAUACGAGGAGGCUGAUAGCGAGGAUCAGUUCGCUGCGCUGUGGGACCAGAUCAAACCACUGUACCAGCAGAUUCACGCCUACGUGAGGAGGCACUUGAGACUGAGAUACGGAGACCAGGUCGUCUCUGCCAAGGGGCCCAUUCCUGCGCAUUUGUUGGGUAAUAUUUGGGCUCAAUCCUGGAACAACGUAGAGAAGUUUACGAGACCGUAUCCCGACAAGCCAGACGUAGAUGUGACUGCAGCUCUCAUUAGUCAGAACUACACAGCCUUGAAGAUUUUCAAGACAGCAGAAGAAUUUUUCAAAUCUAUCAACUUAAGCGGGAUGCCGGAUCUGUUCUGGGAAAGGUCAAUAAUUGAAAAGCCCCAGGACGGGCGUGAUAUGGUAUGCCAUGCAUCCGCUUGGGACUUCUUCGAUGGAGAAGAUUUCAGGAUAAAGCAGUGUACAACUAUAACGAGUGCCUUCUUCAAGACAACUCAUCACGAAAUGGGCCACAUCCAGUACUACCUGCAGUACAAAGAUCUACCUGUUAUAUACAGGGCAGGAGCUAAUCCAGGGUUCCAUGAAGCCGUUGGAGACGUGAUUUCCCUGUCCGUGGACACUCCCAAACAUUUGAGGGUUAUGGGCUUGCUCGAAGAUGGACCCGAUGAUCUUGAGUCCAAUAUAAACCAAUUGUACAAAAUGGGAAUUGACAAGAUUGUCUUCCUACCAUUCGCCUAUCUACUGGACUUGUUCCGCUAUGGUGUGUUCCGUGGUAGCACCAGUGAAGCGGACUACAACUGCCACUUCUGGCAGCUGAGGGAAACAUUACAAGGCGUGGAGCCACCGGCAUCGAGGAGUGAGGAAGACUUCGAUCCCGCUGCAAAAUACCACAUCUCUGCUGAUGUUGAAUACAUGAGAUACUAUAUCUCCUACAUCAUACAGUUCCAAUUCCACCGCUCCCUGUGCCAGCUAGCCGGGGAGUACACGCCCGGCGAUACAGACAGACUGCUGUCUAAUUGCGAUAUUUAUAACAGCACUGAAGCUGGAAAUGCUCUGGGUAAAAUGCUACAAAUGGGUUCAUCCAAGUCCUGGCCGGACGCGAUGGAAGCUCUCACGGGGCAGCGCAAGAUGGAUGCCAGCGGAGUGCUGGAAUACUUCCAGCCUUUAUACGAAUGGCUGAAAACGGAGAAUGAACGUACUGGAGAAUACAUUGGCUGGGAACCUACCACCGUUCAAUAUUGCACACCGGAACAACGGAACAACAUGGAAAACUCAGAGUUUCGUCAGAAGUUAAUCAAAUACUCCGAACCCUUCGGCCAAACCAUGGCCUGUGCUAAAACAAUUGUUCAAAUAUUGGCCCAUGUUUCCUUUGUAAUUUUGUGUCACGCCGAACCCCAGUUAGACCUGCCACCUCUACCCCAAGUUUCCACACAGAGGAACCCUUACUAUGGAUUAUCCAGUACAACGCCAGCUAACCAGUUCGAUUUGAACCGAAAUUUCCAGUUCACCAAUGCAAGACCACAAGGAUCUGCCACCCCUGGAGUAUACCCGGUUUCAUCUACCCCAAUAAACAGAAUCAAUCCAGAUAUUAACAACAAUGGAUACCCAAGUCUAGAUUACGGGAAUGGACGUAAUCCAACGUCUACGCUACGUCCCAAUGACGAUAGAAACAGAGAAUUUCGUCCAUUUGACAAUAGGGGUCGUGAUGAUAGAAUAGACAUUAAUAAUGACGCUAACUUCAGACGAAAUGAUCCGAAUUUUGCUCGGACUGAUCCUAAUUACGUGGGAACGAAUCCUUAUAAUUUUAAUGGGGAUUCCAAUACAAAUCGCAUUGAUGAUAGGUUGAAUCACGCCAGUUUGCAGCGCGUCAGGGAUUUCCUGCUCCAAGCUGAUGAUCAGGCUUCCAAGGAGUGUACCAACAACGUUGCCUCGCAAUGGAAUUUCGAAACUGACGUCAAUGACGCAACGCAACACGCAGCCUUAGAAGCGCAGCAACGCUACACCCUCUUCCAACGAGGGUUGUGGGAAGCCGCUCAACAAGUUCCACUGGGGGCUAUCAGAGACUUCUCCUCGUUCAGGCAGCUGCGUAUGCUGUCCAUCAUCGGCCCCGCUGCUCUUCCUCCAGACCAGUUGGACAGAUACAACCGCAUAAUCAACGACAUGCUAGCAGUUUACAACAAUGCCGACAUUUGCGCUUACAACGAGCCCUUCAAAUGCGGACUGCACCUCCAACCUGACCUCCAGUUCAUCAUGUCCCACUCGAGGGAUUGGGAUGAGCUCCAACACGUUUGGACUGAGUGGAGGCGGAACACCGGAAGGCGGAUUCGGGACUUGUAUGAACAGCUGGUCGAUUUGACAAACCAGGCCGCAAGAUUGAAUAAUUUCACCGAUGCAUCAGCUUAUUGGAUGUUCCCGUACGAAACUUUGAGCUUGAGACAAGAGGUUGAAGAAGUCUGGGAACAGGUUAAACCACUGUAUGACCUUCUCCACGCCUACGUGCGCCGUCGUCUCCGAGAAGCGUAUGGACCGGAGAGAAUUUCCAGGUCUGCGCCUAUCCCAGCUCACAUACUUGGUGAUAUGUGGGGUCAGAGCUGGUCUAGUAUCGUGCCGUUUACUCUGCCUUACCCUGGGAAUAAACUUGUUGAUGUUACCCCGGAAAUGGUGCGACAGGGCUACACGCCACAAACAAUAUUCCAACUGGCCGAAGAGUUCUUCGUAUCUAUGAACAUGUCAGCGAUGCCUCCAGACUUCUGGGCUUUGAGUCUUGUAGAGCAGCCCGCUAGCAGACAGAUCCACUGCCAGCCAUCCGCCUGGGACUUCUGUAAUGGCCACGACUAUAGGAUCAAGAUGUGCACACACCCAGACAUGAAAGAUUUAAUCACGGCUCAUCAUGAAAUGGCCCAUAUAGAAUACUUCUUGGCGUACAAGAACCAGCCUAAGGUGUUCCGCGAUGGUGCUAAUCCAGGUUUCCACGAAGCAAUUGGCGAGACCAUCGCUCUAUCAGUUUCCUCUCCUCGCCAUCUACAGACCCUGGGCUUGAUCCAAAAAUCAGUUGAUGAUACAGCGCAUGACAUUAAUUACCUUUACACCCAGGCCAUGGACAAGGUGGCCUUCCUGCCUUUUGCGCUGGUGAUGGACCGGUGGCGCUGGGACGUCUUCACUGGUGACGUCAGAAAGGAGCAGUAUAAUUGCCAUUGGUGGAGGCUGAGAGAGCAGUAUGGAGGAAUCAAACCACCAGUACUUCGUUCCGAGCUGGACUUUGACCCUGGCUCCAAGUACCACAUUCCAGCCAACAUCCCGUAUAUAAGGUGA